CCAUCCAUCCAUCCAUCAUUCCAUCCAUCCAUCCAUCAUUCCAUCCAUCAUUCCAUCCAUCCAUCCACCUAUCCAUCCAUCCAUCUAUCCAUGCAUCCAUGUUCCCACCCAUCCACCUGUGCAUCCAUCCAUCCAUCCAUCUAUGUAUCCAUGCAUCCAUUUCCCACCCAUCCACCUAUGCAUCCAUCCAUCCAUCCAUCCAUCUAUGUAUCCGUCCAUCUACCUAUCCAUCCAUCCCUCCACCUAUCCAUCCAUUUACCCAUCCACCUAUGCAUCCGCCCAUCCAUCCAUCCAUCGAUCCAUCCACCCACUCAUCCACCUAUGCAUCCGUCCAUCCGCCUAUCCAUCCGUCCAUCUAUCCAUGCAUCCAUCCACCCAUCCACCCACCCACCCACCCAUCCACCUAUGCAUUGAUCCAUCCAUCUAUCUGUCCAUCCAUCCACCUAUGCAUGCAUCCAUCCAUCCAUCUAUCCAUCCAUCCAACCAUCCAUCCACCAAACCACCUAUCCAUCCAUCCAUCAAUCUGUCCAUCCAUCCAUCCACCCACCCACCUAUCCAUCCAUUCAACCAUCC